CAGUUGUAUGAGUGCAUCAAUUAGAAACACAUGCGCACUAUUAAAACGGACUAUGACUGCAAUAAAAGUUGUGUUGUUAUUUUGAAUUUUCGAAAUCAAAUUUAGAUUUGUCAAUAAAAAGUUAAAAGAGUCAUGAUUAACAGGGUAGAUAAAGAGCUAAUGUACAUAUUCUCACUAAUUGUGGUUUUCCUAGAAGUUGGUGGUGUAUAUGCCUUUGGAGCUGCCUUUGACGCUCUUCUAGAAAAAUAUCAAAAAGAUCGAUCAACUACUGCUACAGUACAAUCACUCUUGUUAGGAGUUACUUUAAGCUUUGGUGUUAUAAGUGGCACUCUAAUAAGUCGAUUAGGACUACCAUUGGUACUUUUGGUAUCGUGUAUUCUGGUUCCAGCCGGAUACUGCUCUUCUUUCUUUGCCACCAGAAUAGAGCAUCUCUAUGUCAGUAUCGGCAUUGUAUCAGGAAUAGGAGUUUCGUUGGCAUACACCAGUACAUCUAUUGUAAAUUGUAGGCUAUUCACAGGCCAGAAGAGAGAUUUGUAUUUAUCCAUAUAUACAUCAAUCAUUCCAUUCGCAGGAUUUGUUUACCCAUACAUUUUGGAGUGGUUAAUCGAAUCUUACGCUUUAAAUGGAACGUUCCUUCUUCUUGGUGCUAUUUACAGUAACAAGAUUCCAUUCUUGAUUAUGUGUUUUAGAAAUCGAAAAUAUCUAGCAGCAGAUGAAGUACCGGAGAAUAAUGAUAUUGCUGGUAAUGAAACAGACGCCCCUAUGAAAAAAGCAAAGAAAGGCGUAAUUAUAAAUGCUGUUCAAAAUUUUAAAAAAAUGAUGAAUAUCACAUUUUCCUUAAUACUCUUAGCAACAGCAGUUUCAACAGCCGGUACAAGUGGAUUCAUGGGUCUAGCACUCGAUAUCAGCUUAUGGAAAGGUUUUACUAAAACCCAGGGGCUUCUUACUUUUGUGAUUUAUAACAUCGGAAAUACUUUAUCUAGACUUGUUCCGGGUUUUCUGAAACAAAUACAAGGAGUUGAUUUCUUGAUGUUUUCAUUUAUCUCAGCAUUAGCCGGUUGUAUUGGACAGUUAACUUUCUUUUUCGGUAGCAGCUACAGCGCUUAUUUGAUAGGGUUCUGUCUAACCGGUCUGUGUUUUGGCGGAAUCGUUUCAUCAACUGCAUUGGUAUUGGUUGAAAUAGUAAUACCUGAGAGACUUCCUAUAGCAAUGGGAAUAACUUCAACAACGUGUGGUAUUUUAUCCGUGUCAACUGGGCCGUUCUUUGGAUGGCUCAGAGACAUUCUAGGAAGCUACAAUUUAGUUAUUAUUAUUAUCGCAACUCUACAGGCUAUCACAGCAAUACUAUUGUGUAUUGUAUUAAUAUAUAGGCGUAUUGAUACAAAUAAAAAGAAGAAAAUCCAACAAGAAAGACGGAAUACGGUUUCAUGUACAGUGUCGGAACUUUAGAAAAUGAUAUGGUCUGGUUCUUUUUGACAAAAGACUAGUUUUAGUCCUGUCAUAGAUGAAACAAACAAAAACUUAUUUGAGCGGCGUCAUGACAAAACCAACAUAGUGCGUUUACUACCAGCAUGGAUCCAGACCAGCCUGCGCAGUCUAAUCAGGAUCCAUGUUGUUCGCUUUCAGUUUCUCUACUAGUAAUAGGGUUUGUAGGCGAACAACAUGUAUCAUGGUCAGACUCCGCGGAUGCGCAGGCUGGUCUGAAUCCAUGCUGGUCGCAAACGCACUAUGUUGGUUUUGUCAUGACGCGGCUCAUUUGAUAUAGCCACGUUGUAUGCCUCUACGUGUGAUAUUCCAUACAAUUCCUUAUCUGAUUUAUAAUCCGAUCAAACCGCAAACACACACACAAUUUAUUGUUGCGAAUGGUUUAUAUAUUGUACAUGUAGCUUUUUCUGAUGGUACGAGGACACGCACAUAAUACUACAUUAUAAGAUUUCUAAUAUUACUUAAAAGGAUUUUUGAAAACAAAUCAUCGCCUUUAUCUUGAUUGUUUCUUUGUUGUCCCUCCGAGGUUAUAAGGAAAUCUUUUAGAAGAACACUUGGGCAGUUUAACUGACUAGUAAUACGUUUGUUUUUUAAGGUGUUAAAAACAAAUACAGACUAACUGACUGGUUUGUUCAGUCAUGAACUGUAUCAUUGUCUGCUUGUCCAUGUUAAUGUUCAUGUACUUAUAAAGUGUUUAAAAACUGUUUUGAAUUUCAAUACUAUUUAGAUAACAUUCCACUUAAACUGCCUAUUCCAUUGACUAAAUUAAGGCUAUCUUAAGAUAAAUUAUUAAUUGAAACAUGUCGCUAUGGUAAUAGUAGAACUGAACGAAACCAAAUAUAUUGUAUGAUUUGUAACAGUGGUGACCUUAAAGAUUAUUAUCAUUUUAUUUGUAUCUGUUCUGCAUAUAAUCAAAUCAAAACCGAAUACCUUAAUAAUAUUGACCCAUUACUUAAAAUCUCUUCUCGCCUUUUCAUCCGCCCCCUUUUGAGUCCUCAAAUGGUAAAAAUGCCCUAUUUAGACCCCAAACACUUGUUUUUCUUUGAGAAAUGGUGUUAAGAAAAGUGAUCACUUUUUUCGGCGUCAUCUCCUAUCAAAUAGAUACACCAAGGUGGUGCCAGAUGGGGGAUGUGCCCCCUUCAUUUUUGGUUGUUGGAAGCGGUCGGCAGACCCCCACAUCUCAAAGACAAACAUGGACUUUUGAGAAGCUAAACAUGACUUCACCUCAACUUUAAGGUAACCUAACCAACGCUGAAAAGCCUUUGACUCUAUCUCAAUUCAUUGAGAAGUUGCAUCACUUUGAAAUCAGUUUGAAUGAAACAAUCAACGCAAAAUAGUGAUUUUUGGCAAUUUUGAGAUGCCCCCUCGUUGACAUGGUAACAAGAAAGUUAAGAUUGAGUAUGCGGUUACAAAGGCUAUCGUCCAGUCAAAAUUUUUGCCAAGUUUGAACAGUAUUGAAGCCUUUUUUAUAGUUUCAUAGCAAUUUAAACUUGUAACAGGAGGCUUUUCAAUGAAAACAGCCAUUUUCCAAAUCAUGCUCAUGAAGUAAUGGGUUAACACAUCGGUUUCUAAAGACAAAGUUUUAUUAAAUUCAUAGAAAAUAUACAAUCUGUCAACUAUUCUGCAUUAAUCAAACUAUGCAAAUUUAUACGAGAAUCAUUUAUAAUAAUACAAAACAUUGUAAACAACUAUACUUAGUCAUAUUUAAGGAUGUUUCCUGUAGCCAUUUACACGUGUACUUAUUUAUAUACUAACUAUCACGUUACAUUUGGUCUUGCCAUUUUAAUAUAUCUGGUGUUACUGUAUUGUGAAAAUGUCUGAGUUAGAUAAUUAUCAUAUGUUCAUGCGUUCACAUAAUUUUGUUAAACAAAUUCUUCCAUAUAUUUAAUGUAAAAGUAAAUAAUCAACACAUGCCUGUAUAAAAAGUAUUGCGAGCGUGCUUUAACUGCGUCCUCUAGCUUCUGCAAAUGGUAUGCACAUUAAAUUAGCGCUACACUUGCAUAAAUGUAUACGUCUUAAUCGGUAAUAUCUGCUUUUUUUUGUAAUCAGAAAUCAUGUUUUUUGCUUCGUAAAUGUAUUCCUCUGCGUGCGUACGCAAGAAUAUUGCUUCCAUAAAAAUCAAAUAUUUUGAAAAUUAAAUUGAAAAAUUUCUCAAAGAUGCGUAAAAGUUAAAAAUAUAACUCCUUGAAAAUAUCUCUGCUUCUAACAUUUUUAGAUUAUUUUCUUUGUGUAAUUUUCUUUAUGUUUCGUAUUCUGUGAUUAUAUAUUUAUCAAAAUAGUAAUGUAUAUAUUUUAUGUGUGAGUUUUAUGUAAACUGUAUGCAUUGACAAUAUUUAGUAUCUGUAAAUGGUCAAAAGGUAUUUGAAAAGCCAAUUUACUAAUAAAUGAAAUGAAAUGAAAAUGUUAUGUUUGAUCCUAAAUACUAUUAGCGUAGUUGUUUACUGCAUUACAGAAAGUUGUCUUUAUGGGCACAUUUUAGUUAAAUAGUUCAUACAUUGAUAUAUAUAUUUGGUGUUUGGUUAUACUAUCAAUGUAGUUAUCUAUCGAAUUACAGACAUUACAUAAUGGAACAAUUCAUUUUAAAAUCUAUUCCAUGUAUACUAAAGUGUAGAAAAAAGUUGCUUUUAGUUAACUAAAAUCGGGCUAAUCACAGCACAAAAAUACGAUUUUUAAUUAAUUAUGAUUAUUUUUUCUUAAUUAUACAGCUGAUGUAUGUAAGAAUUUCAAAAUUUAUGUUUUCAGGCUUUUGGACCUCAGUGGAGUCCCUUCAUUAUCCCGAUGAAAAAAACACAUUAACAGAAUGCAUAAACAAGUUCAUAGCUGUGCCUUUGUGGUUGACUUAAGAUAACAAUUAAAUCAUAAAAAUGAACAUAAGAUAUAUACGAUAUAUGCAAAUUCAAUAUAUGCAUUUUCGAUUGACUCUUUUGAAUAUCAUCUAUCAUAAAACAUUAUGUUGUCCUCAACAACUGAAAUCAUUUAUGUAUUAAAUAUAACAAGUAAAACAAUGAUUACCCAUAGCUUUCUACAAAUAGUGUCAACAUGACCUUGUUAUUCUCUGCCUGAUGAUUGUUGUUUUUGAAAUCGGCAUACUAUUUGAAUUCGGUGAUUUCUACGUCACAGUUUUAGAUUGUGCUAAAACUGCAGCUGUCCAAUCACUUGUUAUUGGAAUUAUUUUGGGUCCAGGUCCUCGUGUUCAAAAACUGUCUUUUUUAUGUUAUGUAUAAAAUUAUUUAAAUAAAAAAUUAUUGAAAGUGAAAAUAAUACUGUAUGGCCCUAUUUUGAUAAAUUUUAGUGUCAACUCACCCGACCACCUCUGAACACAAACUUCUGAAAGAUAAAAAUGGUACAAAAUGUAAUAACAAUUGAAAGUCAUUAUUAUUGUAAUAUACAUUUUGAUGAUAUUUAUUUUUUAAUCUACUUUUUAUAUUUUUCAAACUUUUUCUUAAAUCUAACAAAUAUAAAACAAAGUUGAACAAACCAUUUUAGAUGUUUCAUAAGAGGCAAUAUUUAACUUACAUUUUGAUGCCAAUAUAAAUUAAAUAUUUCUUUACAUUAUUUAUGAAAAAAAUAUUAGUAUUGAAAAGUAAGCAUGUAUAUAGAAUUUCACUAAAGUAAUAUUUGACUUUAAUCUUACAAAAUGAAGCAAGGCAGUCAACAAUACAUUACAGUA